AUGAAAUCGGUAGCAACCUCAUCACUUGAUGUCGACAAAGAUUCGGUCCCACUGGGCUCUAGCAUAAAUGGCACUGCACAGGCAGAAACACCUCUUGAAAAUGUCAUAGAUGUCGAAAGUGUCCGAUCCCACUUUCCAGUUCUAGGAGGAGAGACAGCUGCUUUCAACAAUGCGUCUGGGACGGUUGUUCUGAAGGAAGCGAUUGAAAGUACAAGCAACUUCAUGUACUCCUUCCCUUUCCCCCCGGGCGUCGAUGCGAAGAGCAUGGAGGCAAUCACAGCCUAUACGGGGAACAAGGGGAAGGUGGCCGCGUUUAUCAAUGCGUUGCCAGACGAAAUAACCUUCGGCCAAUCAACCACAUGUCUAUUUCGCCUGCUAGGAUUAUCUCUCAAACCCAUGCUAAACAACGAUUGUGAAAUCGUCUGCUCAACCCUCUGCCACGAGGCAGCAGCCAGUGCCUGGAUCCAUCUUUCCAGAGAACUAGGAAUCACCAUUAAAUGGUGGUCCCCAACCACCACCCCGAACAGCCCCGACGACCCGGUCCUCACCACAGACAGCCUCAAACCACUCCUCUCUCCCAAAACCCGACUCGUCACCUGCAACCACGUCUCCAACGUCGUCGGAACCAUCCAUCCCAUCCGCGAGAUCGCAGACGUAGUGCACACUAUCCCAGGCUGCACGCUCAUCGUCGACGGCGUAGCCUGCGUGCCCCAUCGUCCCGUGGACGUGAAGGAGCUCGACGUCGACUUCUACUGUUUCAGCUGGUACAAGCUGUUCGGCCCCCAUAUGGGCACGCUCUAUGCGAGUCGCAAAGCACAGGACCGAUACAUGACUAGCAUCAAUCACUAUUUCGUUUCCUCGUCGUCUCUCGAUGGGAAAUUGGCUCUGGGGAUGCCCAGCUUCGAGCUCCAGCUCAUGUGUUCGCCGAUCGUUUCCUAUCUCCAAGAUACAGUUGGUUGGGACCGGAUUGUCCGUCAGGAGACUGUCCUGGUUACUAUCUUGCUUGAGUAUCUCCUGAGCAAACCGAGUGUUUACCGGGUCUUUGGGCGCCGGAAUAGUGACCCGAGUCAAAGGGUUGCGAUUGUGACGUUUGAGGUCGUGGGCCGAUCAUCUGGGGAUGUGGCUAUGCGGGUGAAUACGAGGAAUCGGUUUAGAAUUACCUCGGGUAUAUGUUUGGCGCCGCGCCCGACGUGGGAUGUUUUGAAGCCGAAGAGUAGCGAUGGUUUGGUUAGGGUUAGUUUUGUCCAUUACAAUACUGUCGAGGAAGUUAGGGCGUUUUGCAGUGAGUUGGAUGAGAUUGUCACGCGGGAUACCUAG